AUGGGAAGCGGGCGGGCGGCUGCGUCAGCAGGCAGAGCGGCGGGGGGCCAGUCCGCCCGCCCCUGCCCAGCCGUCCAGUGCAGUGCAGUCCAGUGCAGCGCAGUCCGCCUGCCCGCCUGCCGCCGCUCGGCUGUCGGGGCCGUCCGGGGCGCGCAGGGGGUGGGGAUGGCGUGGGUGGUCGCGGGGGGCGGUCGGGCGCUGGGGGUGGGGGUGGCGGUGCUGCACGGGCUGUUCUCGGGGGCGCUGAACAUCCUGCUGAAGUUGCUGCUGAGCCGCCACCACUUCUCGUGCGUGACGCUGCUGCAGUGCCUGGUGAGCGGGGCGGCGGCGCUGGGGCUGGAGGGGCUGCGGCGUCGGGGGGCGCUGGCCCUGCCGCCCUUCGGCCUGCGCCUGGCGCGCCUCUUCGCCGCCCUCUCGGCCCUCGCCACCCUGCAGGCCGCCCUCACCCUGCGCGCCCUGCGCGGCCUCAGCCUGCCCAUGUACGUGGUCUUCAAGCGCUGCCUGCCCCUCGCCACCCUGCUGCUGGGCGCCCUCCUCCUGCGCGGGGGCGCCCCCUCCCCGGGCGUCCUGCUCGCCGUCCUCGUCACCACCCUCGGCGCCGCCCUGGCAGGUGCAGGUGACCUGAGUGGUGAUCCCGUUGGGUAUGUGACUGGAGUGCUGGCUGUGUUGGUGCAUGCAGCAUAUUUGGUACUUAUUCAAAAGGCAAGUUCAGAUAGCGACUAUGGGCCCCUCACAGCCCAGUAUAUCAUUGCUGUGUCAGCCACACCUUUUCUUAUAAUCUUAUCCUUUGCCAGUCUGGAUGCCAUCAAUGUCUGGUCCUUCCCAGGAUGGAAAGAUCCUACCGUGACGUGCAUCUUUAUUGCAUGUGUCUUUAUCGGCUGUGCCAUGAAUUUCACCACCCUUCAUUGCACCUACAUCAACUCGGCUGUAACCACCAGCUUUGUUGGAGUGUUGAAGAGCAUUGCAACCAUCACAGUUGGUAUGGUGGCCUUCAAUGAUGUACAGCCCACAAAACUGUUUAUAGCAGGUAUAGUGGUAAAUACCAUGGGCUCCAUCAUUUAUUGUGUGGCUAAAUAUAUUGAAACCAGAAAACAGAGUAAUUAUGAAGAUCUGGAGAAGGAAGCUAGGGAGCAGGAGAAGAAAGAAUGUGAUGGAUCUCAGCCACCAUUGGUAAUGGAGGAGAUGUCCAUGGAGACAGAGCCCAGAGAUACAACGGUAGAGGAGUCAGCAAAUGAAAGCAUUCAGCCAAGUAUAAAGGAGAAGAAUGGCAUCGUGGGAGUGGCAAAUAUACCCACUAACCCAGAAGGCACCAGCUCUGAAGGACUGGCCAAAGGCUCAUUAAAGGAUGCCUAUCUUGGAGUAUGGAGGUUGGUUAGAGGGGCUAAUUAUAUGAAGAAAGAUUACCUAAUAGAGAAUGAAGAGUUACCAAGCCCUUGAAGAAUAGUUUCUUAGCA